UACUACUACUCCAUAUAAUGCGCAUAAUAAAAACAAAUAUGUCAGGGAUUUACUGUUCAUUGUUUCACAUUUCCAAUAGUGAUUAACGGUGAUUAAUUUUGUUUUAUCAUACCGCGACUGAUGACCUGUUCUAGAAACUAGCUGUCAAAAUGACAACUGAAAAUAAAGAAAUGUGUGAUUUAACCAACAUUGUUUUACAAGUUAAUGGAGAAAAUCAAAUUAAUCAGGACAACGAAUCAUUAAAAAUUCCCAAAAGAGUCUUACAUUUUUCUGACGGUGAUUUGAUUGAAUAUUCUGAUGAUGAAACGGAUUCUAGUUCUCCAGAAACUGACAACCAACUCAUAGAUCUUAAAAGUAUCGGCUGGGUUCCAUGGGCUUGGUACCAGACUUCAUGGGUAGGCUCCAAAGUACUCGAAAGUUGCGACUACGUUGGUGAAGCCCUGGCUAAUUUUUUGGGAAUUACGUCUCCUAAAUACUACUUUGAGCUUGUAGAGUACCAACGCCUCCAAAAAUUUCAGGAUGAGGAAAAUAAAAAAGAUCUUGAGAUACAGGGGUGGAAUCAAAAUAAUACAGAAACUUUAAUAGUAAACGACAUUAAAACUUCAAACCAUUAAUUUUUAAAUUAUUAUUUUUUACUCUAAAAAAUUACUUCAAAAUUAAUGAUUCUAAAAUUUAGACAUCUGAUAAUU